AUGGGUAAGAAAAAGGGAAGAGGCGGCGGCGGGGAGGGCGGCGCGGAAGGGGGGACUGGCAGCGCGCAAAACGGAGCGGGAGCGGGAGCGGGGGGAGCGGCGCCGAAGGACCAUAAUAAGUACCGCAAGCCGAAGCCGUGGGACACGGACGACGUGGAGCAUUGGAAGGUGGAGAAAUUCGACCCCGCGUGGAACCCCACGGGCUUACUGGAAGAGAGCUCCUUCGCCACGCUGUUUCCGCAGUACCGAGAAAAGUAUCUCCGCGAGGCGUGGCCAGAAGUAACCCGCGCGCUGAACGAGUUCGGGGUGACGUGCGAGUUGAACCUGGUGGAGGGCAGCAUGACCGUUAAGACCACGCGCAAGACGCGCGACCCCUACAUCAUCGUGCGCGCAAGGGACCUCAUCAAGCUGCUCUCGCGCUCCGUGCCCGUCACGCAGGCGUUGAAGAUCCUGGACGACGAGACAUACUGCGAUAUCAUCAAGAUUGGCGGGAUGGUCCGCAGCAAGGAGCGGUUUGUGAAGCGGCGGCAGCGGCUGCUGGGGCCCAAUGGGUCAACGCUUAAGGCCAUUGAGCUGCUCACUGGCUGCUACGUGCUCGUUCAGGGUAACACAGUAUCAGCCAUCGGCACGCCCCGGGGGCUCAAGGCAGUGAGGCGCAUUGUGGAGGACUGUAUGAAGAACAUCCACCCCAUCUACCACAUCAAGACUCUGAUGAUAAAGCGCGAGCUGGAAAAGGACCCUGCUCUCAAGGAGGAAAUCUGGGACCGCUUUCUGCCCACCUUCAAAAAGAAGAACGUGCAGACGAAGAAGGUCAAGAGCAAGGCCAAGAAGCCGUACACACCCUUCCCGCCGCCGCAGCAGCCGAGCAAGAUCGACCUGGCGCUGGAGAGCGGCGAGUUCUUCCUGUCGGCGGAGAGAAAGGCGGCCAAGAAGCACGCGGAGAAGAUGGAGAAGCAGGAGGAGGCGGUGGAGGAGAAGAAGCGGAAGCGAGAGGAGGCGUUCCAACCACCCAAGCUGCGCAAGAACACGGCAGCAGGCAAGGCAGCACCGGGCAGUAGCAACAAGGUCACAUCGGAGGACGUGGCAUCCAUGGCAAAAGCUCUCAAGGAGAAGACCAGCAAGCCUGCUCCUGGCUCUCGGUCUGUCCAAGGGCAAGGUGCAGAGGCGUUUCUGGCUGUGCCUGUUGCUGGUGCUGGUGCGGAUGGUGGUGGGGAGGGGGAGAAGAAGAAGAAGAAAAAGAAGAAGGCAGCUGCGGCGGAUGAGUAG